UUGUAGAGGUAGACACUGGUGCUGUUACAGAUGUGAGGUACGCUGGGAAGAUUUUCAUCAAGAUUUGUUUGUCAUUUCCGAAAGAAAGUUACAAGUUUGUUCAUCAUGACUCCAGGAAUAAGUAGCUAUGAAACCACUCAAGAAGGGCCUGGAUUUGUUGGUAUCCAGUUCUGUCAGGAAUGUAACAACAUGUUGUACCCGAAGGAAGAUAAAGAAAACAAAGUUCUCCUCUAUGCAUGUCGGAACUGUGACUACCAGCAGGUAGCUGAUAAUAACUGUAUAUAUGUGAACAAAAUUACUCAUGAAGUUGACGAACUGACCCAGAUUGUAUCUGAUGUAAUUCAUGAUCCCACCUUGCCAAGAACAGAAGACCAUCCUUGCCCUCGUUGUGGUCAUAGAGAAGGUGUGUUCUUUCAGGCUCAGUCACGACGAGCAGAAGAUGAGAUGAGGCUCUACUAUGUUUGUACCAAUCCAAACUGUACCCAUCGCUGGACUGAAUAAGCUUUCAUUGUCUAAACUCUGUUCCUACAUAAUGUUUAGUUUUUACUUCAGGAUUAUGUUUACUUAUGUUUUCCCUCUCUCUUUUAGCAAUAUUUUUAUAUCAGUUUCCAGUGAUAUAGUAAAAAAAAAUAUAAUUCAAUUUCAUGAGUGAGUAAUAAUUUGGUUUUCAUAAAACAAAGUGUGACUUAAUUAUUUUGAAUAUCACGUACAUACAAUAUCUCGGAUGAGAAACAAAACAAUGGGGCAAUUAACCCCUUCCGGUAAUCCUGCUUAUUGUCUGUUGGACAGAUUUCUAAUUGAGAAUGCUAUUAACCAAACGACUUGUUUUUUGUGUAUAUACUAGUUAGAAUUUGUUUAUGUACUGUGAAUUAUACUGAAGCCCAGUCAAAAGAUAAGGUAGUUCUGCCAUGUUGCACUGUGUUGUAUUUAAUAGUUAAAAUUCAUAUGUCUAGCAUGGGUUAUAAAUGAAUACAGUUGAAAAGAAUACUUUUUUUUUUUACACAGUAAAAUCAUUUUAUUUGAGAUUGCUCUGCAUGAAUCUAAAAUGAAUCUAAUUACAAAUGGUCAAAUCUUAACCUUGUCUCCAUAUCACAAACUUGUCAUCAACAUAUCCAAAUAUCUGGUACCAAAUCAAACUUAAUUAAAGCUUCACUUUCAAAUUCAUUCAUAUAAAUACUCAACUAGGGUUGGAUAUGGGAUUUUUAUUAUUAAAUUAGCUAAUCAGUUGGGGCUUUUGGUUAAAUAUGGCCCUGGUAGUCAACAUCUAUGUACGUUUAGGAAGCAUCUCAGUGGAAAUUGUGGUAUUAAUGCAUUAAUCAAUGAUUGAGGAGGUAAAUAUGGCCCUGGUAGUCAACAUUUAUGUACGUUUAGGAAGCAUCUCAGUGGAAAUUGUGGUAUUAAUGCAUUAAUCAAUGAUUGAGGAGGUAAAUAUGGCCCUGGUAGUCAACAUCUAUGUACGUUUAGGAAGCAUCUCAGUGGAAAUUGUGGUAUUAGUGCAUUAAUCAAUGAUUGAAGAGGUAAUUGUUAAAAAAAAAAAAUGAGCAGUAAGAGGCCUGGAACAUCAUUUUUGUGAAGUUUGAUUAAUCCUCCAUAUAACUCAAUCAGCUGUGACACACGAGUCUUUUUUACAUAUGCAAAUAUAUAUUUGUGAUCCUAUUAAUGUCAUAUGUGUGAUUGUAGAUGAUCACUUGUAAAAAUAGAAUAUUUUAUUACUUA